GGCGCCUGAGCCCCCACGCGCGGGGCCAGAGGCGUGCGCGGCCACCUACCCGGUAUUGUCAGGGCUCCGGCUGUAAUUCGCACCGAGACUUCGCGAAGUGUCUGGCGAGGCUGAUGUGCUCGUGAUGUCGGUCCUUAAUCUAAAGUCUCUCGACCGAGGAGCCUGUGGCCCUGGCGAGUACCGAGAGCCCGCCGAGCCUCACUCUUCUGCUGAAGUGACCUCGCGGUUCUUUGUAAGCGCAUGCUUUAACUUUAGAGAAGCCACCGUUCCACGUCCCCAAAUUAAGACGGGAAGACAAAGUCGGUGCCUCCUCCGGGUAAGGGAUGGUCUAAUCAUGUAAUUACGGGAAAAUCCCGCGGUUGAAGAGAUGAGUUAUAAAAUGGUGAAGCUAGGAGAGAACGCUUGCUAAAGAUGCGAGGGGCUGUUUUAAACCCGUUGUAGUGUUAACACAGGACAAUGUUAGCAAACUGUACAGUGAAGGUUUAACGGUUCGGCUCUGAAAUCGAGCAGGAACAGGACUUAAUGCUGCAUAGCGUGGAAAGAAUUCGUAAAAGACGUGAUGGGAGGCGUCUGUGUAAAGCUACCGCAUGAACUCGACGUUUUCUGCCUCGAGCCACUGCAGCCGGUCGAUAGGACUGACUGAGACUCGGAACGCAAUUUCCGCGACUGCAGUUUUCCCGCCGGAGUCGGCGUCAGCGGCAUCUUCCCUACUGCGCAGUCGCGGUGCCGCUGGCGCAUGGAAGUGGUGGGGGUCCUGGGUUUGGUGGCCGCCUUGGUCCUGGCAUGGGGUUUCCUCUGGGUUUGGGACGCCUCGGAACGAAUGAAGAGUCAAGAGCAGGCUGGCCUGCUGGGAGGCGGAACUCGGACCCUCCUGGUGAUCGCGCACCCCGACGACGAAGCCAUGUUCUUUGCUCCCACAGUGUUAGGCUUGGCCCGCCUGAGGCACCGGAUGUCCUUGCUCUGCUUCUCAGCAGGAAAUUACUACAAUCAAGGGGAGAUUCGUAAAAAAGAGCUUUUGCAGAGCUGCGACGUCUUGGGGAUUCCACCCUCCAGUGUGCUGAUUAUUGACAACAGGGACUUCCCAGAUGACCCAGAUGUACAGUGGGACACAGAUCGUGUGGCCAGUAUCCUUCUACGGCACAUAGAAGUGAAUGACAUCAACCUGGUGGUGACUUUCGAUGCAGGGGGAGUGAGUGGCCACAGCAAUCACGUCGCUUUGUAUGCGGCCAUGAGGACCCUGCACUCAGAAGGGAAGUUACCUAAAGGGUGCUCUGUGCUCACGCUUCAGUCUGUGAAUGUGCUGCGCAAGUACAUCUCCCUUCUGGACCUGCCCUUUUCUCUGCUUCAUACCCAGGAUGUCCUGUUUGUCCUCACCAACAAGGAAGUAGCACAGGCCAAGAGAGCCAUGUCCUGCCACCGCAGCCAGCUCCUCUGGUUCCGCCGCCUCUACAUGCUCUUCUCCCGGUACAUGAGAAUCAACUCUCUGCACUUCCUCUGAAGCCUUGAAGAGUGUCUGAUCCAAUGAACAAAGUGAGAAACAAAGACCAGGUAGCCCAAGGCCUGGUCUGGAGCCCAAGGAGAUCCCACAUAGGGUAACCUCUCAUAUGCUGCUCAGUUCUAACUAAGGCCAAAUUUUAGCUCUUUCCUUUGGGGAAAAAACCUCAACCCAAGGAUAAUAAUGGCUAUCUUGAUAGCUUCUCAAGCACUUGUGAAAAACAAUUUACAACCGCCUAGCACAGAACCUACUACUAUUUUAAAUAUAUGUAAAGGUGCUCUGAAAUCACUUCACAGAUGUGGAUGAUUCAAUAUUCCGACAUUGUCACCAUGCAGACUAUAUUGAAUUAAUUUAACCAUAAUUCCUUUAUCUUUGUGGCCUAUUUAUCACUUGAAUCUAGAGAAAACUUGCCAGCUGGGGCACUCAAGUGCCAAUCAUUGUGCUGGGCACUGUUUUACUCAGAGACUGCUAUGACAUAGGCCCUGCUGUCAAAGGACUCAAAAUCAAAUACCUCAGUUCAUAGUCUUUAAGGCAUAGAACAGGAAAUAAGAAGAGAAAUCUAGACUUUUUGUAACACUCAAGCACCUGAUGUCAGAGAACUGUAUACUACAAACAAAAGCACUCGGAGCUCUGGCUUGGAAGCUACUUCCCAAGUCCGGUUAUUGUCCAAAGAAUGGCCCAAGGCAGGAAAGUGCUGUAGUGAAGAACAUCAGCUCUGCAAACUAGUGACCCCGAGUGAGAGGCCAGAAUUACCAGGCUCCACAUGCAAAGUGGUAAUCAAGUGAUAAUCUUUCCCUUCCCCAGGUCUCUCAUCUACGAAACAGGGCUGAUAACAGCACCAAGUGAGAGGAGAUGAUACUUAAAGGUACAUAGUAAACAAUCUGGCACGCUGAAAAAAGAUGACCUGCUAUUAUGCUGAGACCUGUAAGAAGUAGGUGUUACAGAGGGACUUGCAUAAAAGUCAAAGUCCUGAAAGAAAAGGUCUUGGUGUGCAUUGUCCAAGGGGUAUUCUUUCUGCCUGUCAAAGAAGGCUGAACUGUUCUCUCCAUAGCUAUCGGUUACAGGCCUGCUUAUUCAGUCUUUCAGCCCAAACUUGCUCUACUUUGCUGACAGUCACCAUUAUUUUGAAUGCCUCCCCGGGGGCCAACAGAGACUGACAGCUAUUAGCCCUAAAGCUGAAAUCAAAAAUCCAUACAUGGAUGUCUAUUUAAAAUUUGUCAGUAGUAUGCAAAAGAAUGAAGCUUGACUACUACCUUACACCAUGCACAAAAACCAACUCAAAAUGCUUUAAAGAACUAGACAUAAGACCUGAAACCAUAAAAUAUAUAGAAGGACAUAUAGGCGAAACACUACAUGACAUACACCCCAGUAACCUUUAAAGAUACAUCACCCAAAGCAGUGAUAGUGAAGGCAAAGAUAAACAGCUGGGACUACAUCAAAUUAAAGAGCUUCUGUAUAGCAAAAGAGACAGUAACCAAAACAAAGACACACCCCACCGAUUGGGAGAAAAUUUUUGCACAUAACACUAAUGAUAAAGGACUAAUAACAAAAAUCUACAAAGAGCUGAUGAAACUCAACAAAAACAAAGUAAAUAGCCCAGUCAAAAAAUGGGCAGAAAAAGAAACUUCUCCAAAGAGGAAAUGCAAAUGGCCAACAGGCAUAUGAAAAAAUGUUCAACAUCACUUGUAAUCAGGGAAAUGCAAAUCAAAACUACAAUGAGAUACAACUUACACCAGUGAGAAUGGCACAUAUUAAAAAACUAGCAGCAACAAAUGUUGGCGAGGAUGUGGAGAAAAAGGAACUCUCCUGCACUGCUGGUGGGAGUGCAAACUGGUCCAACCACCAUGGAGUGCUGUGUGGAGAUUCCUCAGUCUGCUAAAGAUGGAGCUUCCAUAUGAUCUAGCAAUUCCACUCCUAGGUAUUUACCCAAAGGACACAGAAACAUUAAUUCAAAAGGGCACCUGCACCUCUAUGUUUACAGCAGCACUAUUUACAAUAGGAAAGCUAUGGAAACAACCCAAAUGCCCAAAAAUAGAUGACUGGGUCAAGAAGAUGUGCUACAUAUACACAAUGGAAUAUUACUCAGCCGUCAAAAAAGAUACACUCAUGCAAUUUGCAGCAACAUGGAUGGAGCUGGAAGGAAUCAUGCUCAGCAAAAUAAACCAGAAAGAAAAAGAAAAAUACCAGAUGGCCUCACUCAUAGCAGGAAUUUAGAAAACCUAAAUAAAGGACCAGGAAAAAGACUUAAUUAUAAUAAAGUAAAAAUCAAAAUUAACAAGCAACUAUAUACCAGAGACACACUACAGGGGAGGGGGGAAGAAGGGAAUAGGAUUACAACAAAGGGGUGGGAAAUAUAUGGGGAUUAUAACCAAGAUGAAAAUGCAUACAUUGUGCAAAAAUGAAAAAUGAUGCAAAAAAUACAUAAAAUAAAAUAAAUAAAAUUUGUCAGUAGUUACUAGUCAUUAUAUGAAGUGUGACAAGAAGCCACUAACAGUGGCUAGUGUGAUGAGACACUAACCCAGCCUUCUUUUUUUUUUUUUUGAAUUUC